AUGCUUCCAGCAGACUCUGUUUUCGCAAUUGGGGGAGAGGAUGAAUCGGAAGCGGAAGAAGAUCUCCUGGCUGAAGGGACUCGGAGGCUGGGGGCUAUUGCCGCUAACGUCUCACCUACAGAGGGCGCCUCUUCGAGUAGAGAAGGGACUACGGGUACAGAUGCACCAGAAACGCUUUCGUGUGUUACCGUCCCUCCUGUUUCUCCUGCUCAUCCUUUUGAAUUUGGUUCUUCGCCUGCGGCAGGAGUCCUCCAUUCACAGGAGGGCACCAGGCGGUUUUUAGAAUCGUACCACUGCGGUGUAGGCAGCAGCGGUCGCGGCACGCCUAGCCUGUGCAGCACAGGUGGAGGACAUGAACAAGCAGGCCGUGUCGCAGAAAGAGGUAGCGACAGCAGUAACAGCAGCAGCAGAAUCAGCGCUGUGCACCGCACUUCGGCAGUCGACGGCAACACUUCGGUCUACAGACCUGAGGUAGAUGGACCACCCAUUGUUGGCGUUCCUUGUGGAGAGGGCAAUCUGAGGCCGGGCGGUCGGGGGAAGUUUCGUGUAAUGGCGGCUUUCUUCGAACUCAUGGAAGGAGCUGCAUCGGGUUCACCGGGACGCUUCUCGCCAUCAGCAUUGCCUACUAAGGUGCUCGUUCAACUGUACGAUCAGCUCAACACCGUCAACUUUCACCUCAUGAGAUACACGGAAAUUACUUUCAACCUUGAGGCCGGCUUGCCACCCUUCAUUAUGGCUGUCACUCCAGGGCAACUCCUGGUUCUUGUGAAGGCUCUGCUGCUCGAGAAGAAGAUUCUGUUUUAUUCGAGCGACGCGUCACGGGCAUCCACAGCUGUCCUCUCGUUCAUCUCCCUGCUCCCUGUGGACAUAGAUGCGAUGACUGUCGAGGUGAAGAAUACGUCUCUGGAUGCGCUGCUGCGCUUGACCGUUUGGGAACAGCAGUUCGCAAGGCGCAUUGUCAAGGAAACGUCAUUCUCGAGCAUAGGCACGGAAGAACAGAGCCCUAGCUAUGGAAGCAGCACCAGCAUCUCAAGACAUGCGACAGACCUGCUGCAGCAAACGAUUGCCUCACUUGCCAGCCACGCGGCAGCACACGGCCUUCACUUCCUCAGGUCAAAGGAAGAGGGAACAACUUCAGAACUGCACGGGUUUCACGCUUCUGGAGCAGCUACGUUAGCUGCGGAUUUGGAGCAGCACAGACGAAGGGCUGCCUCGGCAAUAUCUCCAAGGGACAACCGCCGCCACAGCAACAGCAGCCGCAGCCUAGGCAGGGGGAAGCAGACUGUCCCCCUGGGCGGUUCACGCCAUCGGGAAACAGAAGAGCGGAAACGAUAUGAUGAUAACAGUACGUCAGCCGAGCGCCAGACGCUCACGGGUGCUGCCUCCUCUGUCGGCAGGAACUCGAGGUAUCCUUGUGCUCCUGGGGCUUUCCACGUUGAAGUGGUGGCUCCGUCAGUCAUUAGUAUACCUGCUGUGGUGUCUGUGGAAUGGCCUUCAGGACAGGGAGGCCUACCUGGGAUAGCCCGUUUCCAGGAGGAAAGUAGGACCAGCAGCGACGCCAUGAGGCCUCCUUCUGUCGUUGAUCUGAAUUGGGAGGCGCAAGCCGACUUGAUACGUGCAGAAUUUGCUCAACACCUUGAGCAGCUGUGCAGGAGGGCUGCAGUUGCGGCUGGCCGCGAGCGCUCAAGACAGCUGCUGUUGCAUCACCUGUCUUCCACAACUGCGGAUGACGGUGAAAACCUUCGUGCGUUUGGCGUCGAAUAUGAUGGAUCAUGGGUCAACGAUGAGCGACACGGCCACGGGGUGCUGGACCACGAGCCCAUGGGGUACCUGUACGUCGGGCAGUGGCAGCACAACAAGAAGAGCGGGGAGGGUCAUCUGUACUCUCGUAAAGAGCGAUAUUGGGGCAAUUUUGUUGACAACAAGUACCACGGCCGGGGCCGAUAUGUACAGCGCGACGGACUUGAGUAUGAAGGGGAGUUUGCUCGGGGCCGUUUUGAAGGUCUAGGUAAACUGUCACUUUCGCGUGACGAAGGAAUAAACACUUCCGGGGACUGCCGGAAAGGUGUCGUUAUUAGGGGAAGUUUCGAGGGAGGAAAAGUAACAGGUGUCGUCAACGCGGUAUACGCCGAUGGGAAAACUUACACUGGAGAGCUUUCACCUGAGACUCUGUUGCCAGAAGGUGGUGGCAGCAUGCUUUACAGAGAUUCUUGUUUGUAUGACGGUCAGUGGCGAAGUGGCAUGCGGCACGGAGCUGGUGUGUUGACCAUCCCAGUGGGAGUUGUUGGGAGAACAAGCGUAAGUAACGGGGGGAGUGAACAUGAGGCAGUGAUAGUCGAUGGGCAAUGGCAAGAUGAUAUGCCAGACCCUGACGCAGAGUGGAGCGUUACAUUCCCUACUGGGGACAAGUAUUUAGGCCAACUAAAAUUUCCCUCGGUCUGUAGUACUACGGGCAGGGAAGCUGGCAAGGACCAGAGCGUGGGACAGACGGAAGCUCUGGCUAGGAUUGUACCUCAUGGUUGGGGACUAAGCAAGCGCAAGGACACCGGAGAAGUGUACGAAGGACAGUGGAGAUGUGGCAUGCGUCAUGGGAACGGGGUGCCUGUUCCCGUAGGAGUGCAUUACGCGAAGUGGCGCAAGACAUUCAGGUAA